UCCGUCAGACUAAGAGAAGUGUCUUUCACUUGGCUUCGUCUCAGUUAAAGGUGCGAACGCUCUCCCCGGAAAAAUCCGCGACACGGCGGCGGCGCAGUCGGAAGAUGUCUGCGGAGCAAAGGGAUGCGUCACUGGAUUAGCGCCUUGUGAGUCCCAGCCUCUUCUUCCCUUCCCUUCCUGAGCCGCCAGGAGAAGGUCACGCAGCUCGCCGCCAGACCGUCCGGCGCACCCCCAAACCCGGGAAGGCUUCCACAUGAGCCAGCCGGGCCUCGCUGCCCCGCCAGGAUGAAGAAAGGGAAGAAAACGGCGGUUUUCACGUUUGUCCUCCUCCUGCACUUCAGCUCGGCAAGACAAUCCGACUAUGCUCCGUAUUUCUACGACAAUGGACCCAGCAGCACAAAUGGGAACAUGGCUUUGUUCAGCAUCUCCGAGGACACGGCAGUCGGAACGCAGAUAUACAUCCUCAACGGUACCGAUCCUGAGGGAGAUCCCAUUCGAUACGGUCUGACAUUCCAAAUGGGCUCCAAAGAGUAUUUUAGAGUCGAUCCCAAGUCAGGAAAUGUGACCCUCGUUCUGGAACUGGACCGGGAGAAACAAGAUGAGAUUUCUGCACUUGUUAGUAUUACAGAUGGGCGGAAUAAAGUGGUUGAAAACGUGAGAGUGUUUGUCACUGACGCCAACGACGAACCUCCCGAAUUCCAAAACCUGCCUUUUAUUGUCAAUAUCCCUGAGGAUGUCGUGGCAGGGAGCAGCAUCUACCGAGUCCAGGCGCGGGAUAAAGAUAUGGGCUCAGGAGGCAGCGUCUCCUAUUCCCUCCAGCCGAUGCCGUUCGCCAAGUUCGCCAUCGACGCCCACAGCGGGAUCCUGAGGGUGAAACCGGGCGAGAGGCUGGACUACGAGACCACGCCCACACACUUUGUGACAGUGGUCGCCAAGGAUGGCGGAGGGAAAUAUAAGGGCAAACACCAGGUUUUGACCUCCACGGCCACCGUAACAGUCAAUGUCCUCGAUGCCCAGGACAUGCCUCCAUCUUUCGUAGGAACGCCUUACUUUGGCUACAUCUACGAAGUCUCCGUUCCUGGCUCAGAGAUAUUCACCGUGUACGCCAGAGAUGGCGACCAAGGGAAUCCCAACACUAUUUAUUAUUCCAUCAUUGAUGGAAGUGAUGGUGUCUUCGACAUCAACAGUACCAGUGGAUGCAUCACGUUGACAACGCACCCCUCCUUGCUCAAAAAAGAACUCUACGAGAUUAAAGUCAAGGCAUCUGAGGUGGGAGCGGACCAUCUGCUGCAGGAUUACGACAUCGCCGUGGUGAUGGUGCGCGUGGUGGAUCUCAACAACCACCCGCCCACCUUUUACGGCGAGAACGGACCACAAAUCAAGUUCGAAGUCACCAUGUACGAGCACCCUCCCUCUGGGGAGAUCUUGCGGGGAUUCAAGAUCACCGUCAACGAUUCUGAUCAGGGAGCAAACGCAAAGUUCAAGCUAAGGCUGGUGGGUCCAAAUCGAGUUCUUAGAGUGGUCCCACAGACGGUUCUGAAUGAGGCCCAAGUGACCAUCAUCGUGGAGGACACAUCCGGCAUCGACUACGAGAAGGGACCAACCCUCUCGUUUAAGCUGUUGGCAGUGGAGCUCGACACUCCUGAGCGCUUCAGCGCGACGGCGGACAUCGUGAUCAACCUCCUGGACACUAACGACAACACCCCCAAAUUCACGUCGCAGUAUUACAUCGCCAGGGUGGCCGAGAACUCGCCCGGCGGGACCAGUGUUUCUACUGUGACAGCCAACGAUCCUGAUUCAGGACCCUGGGGUGAGGUCAAAUACACCAUUUAUGGAUCAGGAUCAGAUCUGUUUUCCAUCCACCCGUCGACGGGCCUCAUCUCCACGCAGCCGUGGACCACGCUGGACGCGGAGGUGCGCUCCAAGUUCAACUUCUACGUCAAGGCCGAGGACUCAGAGGGGAAAUACAGCCUGGCUGAGGUCUUCGUCACCGUGCUGGACGUGAACGACCACUCGCCCGAGUUUGACAACCCGCUGCUGGAGAAGACCAUGGUCAUCGGAAGCCCGGUCAAAGUGGAGGCGAUGGACGACGACGCCGAGUCUCCCAACAACGUGGUGGAGUACUGCAUCAUGACGGCAGAUCCCGAAAAUGCGUUCGACAUCGACGCCGAGACGGGCGAGAUCCAGUUGAAGCCGUACAUCAAGUCCAUGGAGAUCGUGAACAACAUCACCGUGCAGAAGGACUGCAAGUGGUCCCUCGUGGUGCAGGCGCGAGACCGAGGGUCUCCGUCUUUCAGCACCACCGCCGUGGUCAACAUCGACAUCACCGAAGAGACUCCUCUCAAGGGGCCCAUGGCAGCCUUUUUAAUGAAAAGUCGGGACAAUCCCAUGACAGCUUUAGGGAUGCUUACGUUGAUUAUUAGCUUGUUGGUAGGAGCGACCGUUCUCAUCUCCACGGCCAUGUACAUGCGCAACGCCAAGUCGCAAAACCGGGUGACGCCGGCGCGCCGCGUCAUCAGGAGGCGGGCCAGGCGCCGGCAGCCCUGGACCUUCCGCGUGCCCGCGUUCAAAUUCGGCAACCCCUCUGAGAAGUUCUUCAUGGAAGAUCCGGAGGGGAGCCCCAAGCAGGAGGCAGUCAUCCUGAGAACAAGGCCGCCGCCGCCCUGCGCCCCGUGCCUACCCCCGCCGGCUGCGGCCACCAACAGACCCCCCGAGUGGUCCCGCAUGGUCCCGACUGUAUCGGGGGCCUUGGCCUCCAAAGGCUCGAAGAAAGGAAAGUUGGGACGUCGCAAGGAGGGCAACAUGAGCUCAGCGCUGGUUUCAGAGUUGAAAAUGAGGCUGGAGCAGAAAAUUAUUGAAAACAAUCAAGGUUACUGUUAAACAAAUGUGCGAAAAGUAUUCGCACUUUGUACUUAAGUAGAAGUACACACACUGUAAAUAUAGACUCGUACCUGUAGAAGUCGUGAUUCAACUCUUAUACAA